CAGAUAGCGCAGCAGUUCUCGGCGUAUCAGCAGUCACCCAGCCAAGAGAGGCAACCGGCGCCCAAGGCAGGCCCGUCGUCGAUACCAACUAUGACAGAUAGUAUCUUUGGAAAAAAGCCUUCCGAAAUGCAUGAUGCGGGCAAAAUGUUCAUUGGAGGACUGAAUUGGGAUACAACAGAUGAAGGGCUAAGAGAUUACUUUUCUCAGUUUGGAAAGGUCGAUGCGGUGACUAUCAUGCGAGACCCGUCAGGGACGUCGAGAGGUUUUGCGUUCUUGACUUUUGAAGAUCCAUCAGCAGUGCAGGUUGUUACCGCACAAGACCACUUCUUGGAUGGGAAAGCUAUUGACCCUAAACGUGCGAUUCCACGCGAAGAGCACCUUCGCAACACGCGCUAUUUCGUUGGUGGUCUAGCCCCGUCAACAACGUCGGAAUCGAUGAAAGAGUUUUUCUCUGCGUAUGGUAAAGUCGUGGACGCGACGGUCAUGCUUGAUCGUGAAUCUGGGCGGUCAAAAGGGUUUGGUUUUGUGACGUUCGAGGACGCAACAAAUUCGGACCAGCUGGUGGGUAAAAACUUGGUUUUGGACGAUAAGCAGAUUGAAGUGAAGACGGCGCAACCGCGCAGUCAGCGAGAACAAGCCCGCAACGGAAACGCAGGGGUGGUCAGCAGCAUGGGAAAUAUGUCGUUCACGAACACACCGGAAGCGCGACCGCCGAUGCCCUUCAUCUCACAGCAGCCAAACCCAAUGUCCAUGAUAUAUCAGCGGAUGCCUAUGCUGCCUAGUGGAAUGCCGAUGAUGAGCAUGAAUCCAAUGAUGAUGAGUCAGUUCCACCCGAUGGCGGGAAUGGGGAUGAUGGGUGGGAUGGGAAUGGCGCCGAUGAACGGAAUGGGCGGGAUGAGGCUCGGAAUGGGACCAAUGGGCGGGAUGGGCGGGAUGAGCGGCGGCGGGGCCAUGCCCGGAAUGAAUCGGGUGGCCGGUCCGAUGGGGAGAAUGGUGACGAUGGGCGGGGGCGUCGGGCCAUCGCGGGUGAUGACGAGAGGACAGCAUAGUUUCCAUCCUUAUGCGCGAUGA